UUUUUAGUGGUUGGAACUCGAACACGAAUGACGGAACUCACAGUGGUGAGUCUUUUACCACCAGAGCUAAAAACUCUGUUAUUUGAGUGUCUUUUUAUUACCGUAUAAAAUCAAGUUAUAUAUUAAAAGAAAAAAACAGUUUAUAAACCUUGAAGAUUACAUCUAAAGAUGCUGGAAUUAUGUUUUUCUAUAUGCCUAUAGACUGCCUAUAUAGCUGGUUUUACAAUUGCUAAAGAGUUGUUGUUAUGCGUAACCGUCCGUUUAGGGCGUAGCCCAGAUGGUUAUAGUUCGUUCACACUUUGUAAGCUACUUAAAGCUGUUAACUUGGGCCCAAAUGCCAUAGGUCUUGAGUAUUGACUAGUGGGAAACUCGUUUGUAUUUUUAUAAAGUUUAAACUUAUUCUUAUAAUAUUCUAGUGCAUAAUAAUAAAUUAAAUAUUGGUAUAAAAUGUAUUGAUAUACUUCUAAAUUAUAUAAAUUGAUUUUUAACAUCACUUCGACUCCCCCAACUCCCCAAGUUUAUCACUAUAUAAACCAUCCGGGAUUUAGGUUUGUGUCUUUAAUAGAUCCGGAUUUAAUUCUUAUCAAUUUACAAAAAAAAAGUUUAUCACUAUAUAUAGACCUUGCUACAUGAAUAAGAAACUAGUGAACAUUAGUUGUUUAGAUCUCUAAGCAGUGUAUGGUUAUUAUUAACUCAAAUUAGUUAUGUGUGAUUGGUGAAGGUCACCAUCUUGUUAUCUAUUUAGUAUUGUAGCUGGCUUACGUGCAAUAUGAGAGAAAACUACAAAACCAUAAGCUAACCAAAAAAAAGAGAGCAUUAGAACAAGAAAAGGAUAUCCUUUGGGUAAUGUAUAUAAAUAAAUAAAAAGACAAAAAGAGGAGUUUCAAUUUGCAAGGUAAAAUACACGAGAGAUCCUCUUAGAACGCAUAUUCCCAAACUUGCACAACAUCUUAAACACAUUAAAAGUACCAAAAGACAACUUCGAAAACCUCAUCGCCUCAUAACACAUACUUUAACUCUUAUCCAAACACAAACAGAGAUUUGAUCAUAUAACCAACGUUAUGGUGGCAGAAGCCAUGAGAAUCAAGGCAGAGGUGUACCACGGAGACAAGACAUGCAGAGAGAUAUUCGGCUCCCUUUUGUCCGAGAUCGGUUUACCAAACCGGCUCCUAAGUAACCAGGAGAUCGAAGAAUGCGGAUACGUGAAGGACACGGGUUUCGUGUGGCUAAAGCACAAGAAGAAGAACAAAGACGAUAAAAAGAGACAUCAAGACUCGUUUAGAUUCGAUAACGUCAUGGUGUGUUUCGAAGAUGAAGUCACUGCUUAUUUCCAGCCGAACACGAUCAAGAAACUCACUGGGGUUAAGGCCAAGGAGUUCGUGGUCUGGAUCUCGCUCGGUGAGAUUCACGUAAACCGCCCCUCUGGUUUGAUUACCUUCAAGACACAGGUCGGUUUGUUGUCUAAGUCGUUGCCUCUGUCGGUUUUUGAAGACGUUCAAGGUAAACAUGAUGUUAUGGAGAAGCCUAAACAACAGGAUCAACAAAAAUUCAACGAUCCCAAAAUCUAUUUGUACUAGUAGAAAAGAAAGUAAAUGUAUAUAUGUAUAUGUAUCUUUAAUUUUUAUUCAUAUAAAUGGAUAAUAUAAGCUCUAAGCUCGAAACGGGAUCGUAGAGAUUCUGUGUUUAGGUUACCCACCCAUCGAUGGAAUCAGUAUAACAGGAAUGUAGACAGAAUCGGAUUCAAAUUUUCAUUUUGGCGAAAAUGGAUAAAGAGAAAUUGAAUCGCGCGAGAGUUGAACAACAAAACUAUGAUGGGGAAGAAGAACAGAGCAUCUUCCCGCUUUGACUAAUUUAGGCCCAAGGCCCAUGAAUGUUAUCAACAAAGAUGGAUUGGAACUUUUAUAUACAAGUGUGGUUCGUGAAACACUAAUGUAUUAAACGAAGAUAUGAUUAAUUUUCUUUUGGUAAUAAGGCCAAACCUACACUUUCAAUAAGAAAUAGAAGAAAGAUCCCAUCAGGCCAUCACUUCCGUUCGAGUUCGGAUUGGGUAUUUCGAAUUUUCGAUAUAGAGGUGUAGAACCAGUUCGGGUAUUUCUGUACUUCAGAUCGGAUUCAGAUAUUUUUAGUUCGGAUUCGAUUAUUUAGGAUCGGGUUCGGAUAUUUAGAUUUUGAAAAAAAAAAUUAAAAUUUCAUUUUUCAAGUUUGUGCUUAAAAAUAUAACUUUCAAACUGAUUUUUUUUAAUAGAUUAAAUGAUUAAUAUAUUUGGACAUAACUGUAACAUCCCAAGUUGUGAUAUAUGGAAAGACUUAAGAGAAUUGAUUUUACUACCUAUGUCACCAAAGUUGACUUACCUUUUCCGGAGCACAUCCUGAAAGAACUCCAGAGUUAAGCGUGUUUGAGCUGGAGUAGUGUAAGGAUGGAUGACCUAUCGGGAAGUGACUCGCGAUAGCAUGCGAGUGAGGCCAAAGCAUGGGAAAAGGUUGGGUGGUGAUUGCAGGGUCAGUAAACAGUGAUUUCGAGCCUUUGAAAAUUAAUGGACCGACCGUCAGACGGGAUGGGCCCACGGGCCGAGAGAGCGGGCGUGGAUGGCCCAUUAGCCGUGGGCGGGUCGGGGCAUUACAAUAACAUUUUAAAACUAAAAAGAUACUAAUUUUGUUAUUGUUUUUAAGUUUCGGAUGUAACUUUUGUUAAUUCUUGAAACAAAAAACUUGAUAUGCAUUUUAAGUGAGUAAUAAAUCAUUUCCUCCGUAAUUAUAUGUAUUAUAUGCACUUAAAGUAUGUGUAGUAUCAAUAUAAAUAUUUUAAAUAAAAUGAAAGAUAUAAACUAAAAAUAUAAAGUUAGUAAUACAUAUGUUCGGUUAUCUUUUGAUAUCUAUUCGAGUUCGGAUAUUAUCCUUUCGGGUUUGGAUAUCUAAUCUCUUCUAAUUCGCGGAUUUCGGUUCGGGUUUUUUGGAUCGGGUUUGGGUAUCGGAUAAAAUGCUUUACCCCUAUCACUUAUCAUUGUUGUAGGUUUAUUAUGAACUUCCAAAAAUUCCUUUCUGUGCACUAAACCUUUUGUAAUAUCUCCAAUUAGGUCACAAUGUUUAUAUAUAAAGGAAAUAAUUUAUUGUGUACUUAUAAACAUUAUUUUUUUACUAUACCAUUAACAAUUUUUUUUAAUAUGUAUAUCAGCUGAACUAACCGGUUCCGAAAGAAACACACUUAGUGCUACAAAAUAGAUUUACUAUCACAUUAUCUAAUCCAAAUUUAGAAUACCUUCCAACUAAUGAUAGAGAAACUGAAUCGUUUGUUACCAAAUUACCAAGUAAACUGUCUGCAUCGAAACCCAAACUUAGACUUCCCACAUGACUUUGUUUCAAGGGAAACUCAAACCCCAGAAAAAAUAUUCUAGCACAUUUUCAAGUUUCAUCUACCACUUGACCACAGUCAUACGGGCACAAAAAUAGUAAUUUCAGUUUCAACCAAUUUUAAAAGGUUACACUAACCAAUAUGUUCUGUUAAAUAUCUAGAUGGUCUCCACUUAACUUGUUAAUUUAACGUAACUAUGUCCUAGUCAGAUCCGGUCCUGAGAUAGCCCAAAAAUAAUUGGGUUGGAAGCACAAAAAAAUUGAGGACUUGAUGGUUUGAAAUGUUUCUAAGAGGAUUGGAACUUGGUACCUUUAGCAUUACCACGACAAGUUUUAACCAUCUGACCUACUAGAAAUAUUUAAAAAAUGGCCGAAAAUUUAUAUGUUUUCUUCAGGGCCGGAAACUUAUGUUUCCAUGGCUUCUGCCGAGGGCUGCUACUGGUCCUACUCCUAAUGUUAGUUCUAUAUAGUUGUAAAUUCCAAACUAGUAGUGCAGUUAGAUAAGUGAAAUUUUAGUAAGCGACAACUAAAUAGGAUUAGCAGAGAUACGGAGUUAUAACUUAGGAUUCUUCCACCCAUGAAUUAUUUUUGCCGUCUUGCUUCUUCUUGGGCCAACUUUAUAAUAAAAUAUUAUAUGUAGCCCUUACGUAUACUGUAUAUACAAAAUGUAUAAUCGUCUAGGUAUAUACAUUUACAUACAUGGAAUAAACAUAUAAAAUCACAAUCAUGUAUACUUGUAUAGUAUAGAUGCAUGCAUAUAAUGGCGAUAAAUUAUUAAAGGGAGGGGAAAGUGUCGUUGAGGAGUAGGAUUUUGUCGUAACUCGGUAACUUUGUCUCAAUGAUUUGUGUCUUUGGUCACAUCAGUUUCCCUAUCUUCCUCAGGCAACUUAAGUUGCUUCUUUACUUCUUCAUUUUUUUUUGUCUCCCUUUUGCCAUUUUCCAUGCAUAUUUUAUUUUAACUGAUUGAUCAUAUUUUCACAUGCGUUUAUCACGAGUAUAUGAAAUACAUUUUAAUUGACAUCUAUGACAAAAACAUUACGAUAAUCUUAAUUAAUAAUCUCAUGGCGCACGCGUGACUUUUCUUUGUCUGCAAGAGGACUCUCUACAAGAAGAUUCAUGCCAGAUGAUAUGAUGUUUUUGCACAGGUCCAAAAUACUUUUAGAUCUUGUCCGACAUUUUCCGAAGAUUUCGCUCUCUCAUCAAUGUUGACCAUGUGUCCGACAUUUUGGUGGUAUCAAGUGUUUUAUUUGCCAUAACCUCUGACGCUUAUUCAAAUGAGCAUGAAUGAUGAUUUGAGACAAAUAUUUCUAGCAAUGCACUUCAGAUAUAUUAAGCCAAAACCUUAGUUGUUAAAUGGGUCAGAAGAUGAUUUUAAGAAGAAAAGACUAGUAAAUGAGUGUUAAAACACGAUACAUGAUAUAACUGGAUAUGAUUAUAAUUUAUAGGCGUAAGUUUUUCUUUUCAAAUCUUUUUGUCAAACAAAUGUGUGAAAACAUACAAUAAUAUAAUCUUUUUUUUCCUUAAAGACAAACACGAAAUGUUACAUUAUACAUAUAUAUUUAUUUAUACAUGCAUCUCUCUCUCUCUCUCUAUAUAUAUAUAUAUAUAUAGCUACGUCCGUGUGUGUAAUUGACCAUAUCUCUUUAUAAAAUGUAUAAUUCAUGCAAAACACUCUCUAUCUUUCUCACUCAAGUUAUGGGUGUAUUUGAAAGCUUUUCACGGAUUGAAGAAGCAUCAAAAUGUCAUGAUCAAGGACAAAAAGGCUAUUUCAAGAAGAAGAAGAAGGUGAUUGUAACUUGUUCUUCUUCAUGAUGAAAUCAACGACUCUAUCUUAUCCUGAGCUUCUUCUUUUUUUUUCUUAUUAAGUAUACUUCUACUGUUUUUUCUUGACCUUGUAAGACCUUUUCUCUACCCUUUUCUGUCUUCUUAUUAUUUCCAUCUUCUUGGUUUCUCUGUUAUGUCCAGUUUCUACAUUAGUUGAUGUAUCUGCUAAAUCGAUGAAGAUUUUGUAGUAAACUCAUAGGGUUCGUAUUUUCUCUCCUUUAUUUGUC